AGGAAACAUCAACGAUGUUUUGACAAAUGAUUUGGGCACACCAGGUCCAGGAAAAAUUGAUGAUAUUUCAACAAAUAAAAUCUCUGAUUUGAGCACAGAAGAAAAUACAGUAUUGGAGAAGUCCAAUAUACCUGAGGCUUUGGAGUUAAUUGCUCCUGAAGAGAAAGAACUACUCCAUGCAUCAAUACCUGGUGAAUUCAUUGAUUGCACUCACGAAAGUGCUCGUGUUUCUCCUGAGGAGAAAAAGUCAUUACAUGUAUCGCUAUCCAGUGAAUUCAUUCAUUCUAAUGGUGAAAAUGCUUUUGUUUCUAUGGGUGAGGUGUCACCUGCAACUUCAGUUCAUGAAGAGGAGCAUAGGUCUGCCCAAAAGAUGGAAACAGCUUGUUACAGCCUUGCAGAUGAUUCUUAUUCUGUGUCUGAUUCUUUAAGUGUUGUUUCUGUGUCUGAAAUGGCUUUUUCAGCUGCCUCCUCCUGUGGUUCAAUAUUUACAGAACCUUGUACGCUGCAUGAGAAUUCAUUUAAUGACGUCCUCGCAGUAGUGUCUUGUAGCAACCGUGUUAGUGUGGCUGGCCAUGAUUCUCAUAGUUCGAAUGUACUCUCGUCAUCUAUUUCUGCUCCAGUUGCAUCUAGAGACAGGGAAGUAGCAGAGACUGGGUCCACUUGCUCCAAUGAUGUCCUGUCAUUGGAAUCUGCAGGUAACAAACAGAGUAAGCAUUUGGGGAUAUGGAGACUUGACCAGCAUUUGCACAUUUAGACAUCUUGGUGGAUGAUAUAAAUCUUAUUAGGAAGAUAGUCUUAGCAUUGUAAAUGACCUUAUCAAUGGACAAACUGACAAGUAUGUAAGAUUUAUUUAUUCAUAACUAGGAAGAAUCAGUCUUAUGUAGUUGUUUGCUUAUGUAGGGUGUGCAAGUGAGCCUAGUAAUUUCUGUGCAUCUUUUAGAAAAUGGGCACAACAAUUUCCUUUGAAAAAUAUAUCAGAUGAUAUAGUCUAAUUGAAGAAAAGGAAAAUAGAUGCAAUGUA